AUGUCUCAGCAACCUACCUCAUUCACGUCGUGUGGCGGGUGCGCCGCGCUCGGGGCGGAGCUUAGGCGCCACUCCGAGCGCAUCCGGCGCCUGGAGGAGUGUGUGUUCUCGAUGGGGCGGCACGCGGCCGCCAUAGCCGAGAUUAAGGAAGAGCGCUCCCGGCCGAGCAGCCCAGGGUCCGAGCCUCCCGCAGCAGGCGCCACGCCCCCGGCUACUGUAGGACCGCCCGCUGCGCCCACUGCACCCACACCGCCUAUAUCGCUGUCGUCGCCCGCGGCGCUCACCGCGUCCGCGGCGCCCGCGGCGCCCUCAUCGCGCGCCUCGCCCCCGACGCUCACGGCGCACGCAACCCUAACAACGCCAGUAUCACCCCCGGCGCCCGUCACCAGUGGCCGGUGCCACGGCCCGCGGGGACCCGAGGGGGGCAAGCAAGAAGAUGAUGAAACGGAAGAGCGGUAA